AAGCUGUUUUAUUGAGCUUUGAAGAAGCAUUGUAAGUUCCUUAGUCCUUUCUUAUUUUUAAGUUGCUUUUAAAGAAUUCAAAAGCGUACAGUUGGUAGGGAAUUUACGCGUCUCGUCUUUCGAUUUGUUCCACCAAGGAUCAAGAAAAAUUUUGAAAUUUCAAGAACCGUAUCUUAGUUCUUUAAUAUGGAUGAAGAAUUACAAGCUAUCCGUCAAGCUCGUCUUGCUCAACUAAAGGGCCAACAACAACCUUCCGGACCCGGAAACGCUCCUACAGAUCAAAAUCAACAAAAAGAUGCUCAAGAUGAGCUUCGUCAGAAUAUGCUUACCCAAAUCUUGGAACACUCUGCUAGAGACAGACUCCGUCGAAUUGCUCUGGUAAAACCUGAUCGUGCCCAAGCCGUUGAGGAACUAUUAAUUCGAAUGGCUAGAAGUGGACAAGUCCUACAGAAGAUUUCUGAAUCCGAGUUAAUCGAGCUUCUAGAAAAGAUCUCUGGUCAAUUAUCAAAACAAAGAGAAACUAAGAUUGUUUAUAGUCGCCGUGCUGUUGAUGAUGAAGACGAUUGGGAUCUUUAAUCGGAAUAGGAGAAGGAAAAAGAAACCAUAAUUUUUAGUUACACACAGUAUGCAGUGGUUAUAUAUAACUAUACUAAGAUAUUUUGAAGGUUCCUCAUUUGUUGAACUUCAAGCUAUUUACAAACUUAUCGAGAACCUGGAAAAUAAUGUAAAAUUAUCGAAGAAGGAAUGAGAUGUAUUUUACAAUGAUAUGAAGAAAUUAACAACUUUAAUUAAAUAAAUCCCAUAUCGACAAUAAAAAAAGAAAUAAACACGAAUCGUAGAAAAA